AACAAUAACUACUAUAUAUAAAACCCUUCUUUUGUUCAUGUUUAUUUAUAAGAAAAAAAAAAAACCAACAGAGUGGGGAAACAAAAGAUACUUAGCUGUAUACAUAACCUACUCAAAGCCUUUUUAGUACAUAUCUUCCAUAUCUGAUAUCUUACUCCGGAGAUCGAUUUUAAUAAUAUCUUUUUCUCUUUAUAAAUACCUUUGUUCAAAAGGGUUGAUCUUAUUAUUAGGUACUCGUAUACAUAUAUACAAAAGUUCAAGCCUUUAAUUAUCUUUAUUUACUCAUCACAUCAUAGAGAAAAAUACAAAGAAUAUACAGUAAAAUAUGGAGGAGGGAUUUGGAGAAACCAAAGAAAAGUUCAACAAGUAUGCAUGUGCAUGCGCCAUUGUUGCCUCAAUGAUAUCAAUUAUAUUUGGCUAUGAUACUGGUGUUAUGAGUGGAGCCAUGAUAUUCAUAAAAGAAGAUCUCAAAAUAAGCGAAGUGGAAGUAGAAGUCCUGGCCGGAAUACUCAACAUCUGUGCGCUCGUCGGCUCACUCGCCGCCGGUAGAACUUCCGACUACAUCGGACGACGUUACACGAUAGUUCUAGCCUCUAUAAUCUUCCUCACAGGAGCGGUUCUAAUGGGGUACGGACCCAACUACCCCAUACUCCUCACCGGAAGAUGCAUAGCCGGAAUAGGAGUCGGUUUCGCCUUAAUGAUCGCUCCAGUCUACUCCGCAGAGAUUUCAUCUCCGGCAUCACGAGGGUUUCUGACGUCACUACCGGAACUGUGCAUCAGCCUCGGUAUCCUAACCGGUUACGUCUCCAACUAUCUCUUCGGCAAGCUAACUUUGAAGCUCGGCUGGAGAAUGAUGCUGGGAGUGGCGGCGAUUCCUUCGAUCGCCUUGGCAUUUGGGAUUCUGAAAAUGCCGGAAUCUCCACGGUGGUUGGUCAUGCAAGGUCGGUUGGGUGAAGCCAGGGAUAUUUUAUCACACGUGUGUAAUUCCAAGCAAGAAGCCGACGCUCGGUUCCGUGAUAUCAAACUCGCAGCCGGUAUCGACCCGGACUGCAACGACGUCGUUUUGGCUAAAGUCCCGAACAACAGCCGCGGCCAAGGGGUUUGGAGAGAGUUAAUCCUUCGGCCAACCCCAGCCGUCCGAUGGAUUCUGAUCGCAGCCGUCGGUAUCCACUUCUUCGAACAUGCGACGGGGAUUGAGGCUGUCGUUUUGUACAGCCCCAGAAUCUUCAAGAAAGCUGGGGUCACUAACAAAGACAAGCUUUUACUCGCCACCGUUGGGGUUGGGCUGACCAAAACGUUGUUCAUCUUAACGGCGACGUUUUUGCUCGACAAAGUGGGAAGAAGGCGUCUUUUGCUGACCAGCGUGGGUGGUAUGAUAGUGGCUUUAUCUGGGCUUGGGGUUUGCUUGACUGUAGUGGAGCAUUCGACCGAGAAGUUGUUAUGGGCCUUGGCCCUAAGUAUCACAUCGGUUUAUGUUUUCGUGGCCUUUUUCUCUAUUGGGCUUGGGCCCAUUACUUGGGUUUAUAGUUCGGAGAUCUUUCCAUUGAGGUUGAGGGCCCAGGGAAUGAGUAUUGGUGUAGCAGUGAAUAGGAUUAUGAAUGCUACAAUCUCCAUGACUUUUAUUUCGAUCUAUGAGGCUAUUACAAUUGGAGGAGCUUUCUUUAUGUUUUCGGGCAUAGCAGUUUUGGCUUGGUUGUUCUUCUACUUCUUCUUGCCUGAGACUAAGGGAAGAACAUUGGAAGAGAUGGAGAUGGUCUUUAGCAGAAAUCGUAAGCCUGAAAAUAAUCAAGGCUUGGAAAUUCAACGAAAGAGUGAUGGUGUACAAUGAGUAGUUUUUACUUUAGUACCUUUUUUAUGAAUGUGUGUGAGUUUGACGUUGAAAAAAAAUGUCAAAUAAUGUGUUUGUGAAGGAGUGGCAUAAACUGGAGUUAAACUACUAUACUUUUUGGUCAUUAAUUAAGGAUUAUAUUAACAGUA